AUGCGUCCGCUGGCGCCGGUCGUGAUCCAGUAUUCGGGACGGAACAGGCGCGACCCCAUUGCCAAUGUGACGCCCGAAGGCCGCGCCAUUCCCGGGGACAAUCAGUCGUUUGCGCUCGCUGGGUUCGUCCGCGCCAUGGGUGAGGCGGAUGACUCGAUGAACCGGUUGGCGCAGCAGAGUGGAUAUCUGGAGAAGGUGUGGAGCGCUGUCAAAUAA